CUCGCUGCAGGCGCCAUCACCGACGUGCGACGCGGGCAGCACGCUCUCUCUGGAAGCACCGGAGGAGCCCCUUCAGCCAGGGCGUGCCAAGAGGACAGGGAUUAAAAUGAAUGAAGACCUGAAGGUCAAUUUAAGCGGGCUGCCUCGGGAUUAUAUAGAUGCCGGUGCCCUGGAGAACGUCUCAGUCGCUGUCCCCUCCCAGGUUCCUGUUGUGGACCCACAGCCUGAGCUGGUAGUCAACCCCUGGGACAUUGUUCUGUGCACCUCAGGAACCCUCAUCUCCUGUGAAAAUGCCGUUGUGGUCCUUAUCAUCUUCCACAACCCCAGCCUGCGUGCACCCAUGUUCCUGCUGAUAGGCAGCCUGGCUCUUGCAGACCUCCUGGCUGGCAUCGGACUCAUUGUCAAUUUUGUUUUUGCCUACCUGCUGCAGUCAGAAGCCACAAAGCUGGUCACAAUUGGACUCAUUGUCGCCUCUUUCUCUGCCUCUGUCUGCAGUUUGCUGGCUAUCACUGUGGACCGCUACCUCUCGCUGUAUUACGCCCUGACGUACCAUUCGGAGAGGACGGUUACAUUUACUUAUGUCAUGCUGAUCAUCCUCUGGGGAGCCUCCAUCUGCCUGGGGCUGCUGCCCAUCAUGGGCUGGAACUGCCUGAGGGAUGAGUCCACCUGCAGCGUGGUCAAACCUCUGACCAAGAACAACACGGCCAUCCUUUCUGUCUCCUUCCUCUUCAUGUUUGCUUUGAUGCUUCAACUCUACAUUCAGAUUUGUAAGAUUGUGAUGAGGCACGCCCAUCAGAUAGCUCUGCAGCAUCACUUCCUGGCCACGUCGCACUACGUGACCACUCGGAAAGGGGUCUCGACGCUGGCCAUCAUCCUGGGGACUUUCGCUGCAUGCUGGAUGCCUUUCACCCUCUAUUCCUUGAUCGCAGAUUACACCUACCCCUCCAUCUACACCUACGCCACACUCCUACCCGCAACCUACAACUCCAUCAUCAACCCUGUCAUUUACGCUUUCAGAAACCAAGAGAUCCAGAAAGCCCUCUGCCUCAUUUGCUGUGGCUGCAUCCCUUCCUCUCUGUCCCAGAGAGCACGGUCUCCCAGCGAUGUGUAGCAGCCCUCUACUUAGAAGGACACUGGCUCUACCAAGCACUUGCACUGCCCAGAUGACUAGGGCUCUUCCCUUAAAUUCUUUGCACUGGAUUCUCUCAAGCUACAAGGACACUUAGUAUCGGUGAAGCAAUGACAUCAUGUAGAUAAAGUGAAAAUAAUGUUACCAGUGUUGUCACCUUUUUAAAAAAUUGACUACUCACCAUUAUGUUGUUUGGUUUGGGAGUUAAGAGUUUUUUAUGUUAUAUUUGGGAGUAUGCUUUUUUUAUUCAAACUUGUUUGGAGGAUGUGGUUGGGUGGAAAAGGAACGGAUUUUACAUGGCUGUGAUGUUGUACACAAGUCCCAGAAUUUUUACCUAGACUAAAAUAAAUCUGAGUUUUUCAGGCAACUGGAGAAGGAAUUACUUU